AUGUCUCUUGAUACGCUCGAUCACGCCGUUUUAUUGUCGAUUGUACUUGCGUUGAUUACAUACGUCUCCAAGGGCAAGCUCUGGGGGGUGACGUCUGCCCCAGCCACCUCCACCGGCUCCCGUGACAUCGCUGAAGUGCUCAGCGCCAGCGGCAAGAGAUGUAUCGUGUUCCACGGCUCUCAAACCGGAACUGCUGAGGAUUACGCCUCCAAAUUUGCCAAGGAGUUACAGUCGCGUUUUGGAAUCCCGUCCAUGACGGCGGACCUCGAGAAGUACGACUUUGACUCCUUACCCGCCUUGGAAAACAAGCUCGUCUUCUUUUUCAUGGCCACCUAUGGCGAGGGUGAACCUACCGACAACGCAAUCGAAUUUAUGGAGUGGUUGAAUUCGGCGGACGACUUGGCUGCCGUUAAGUUCGGAGUCUUCGGGCUCGGGAACUCCACGUACGAGUUCUACAACGCUAUCGGCAGGAAGGUGCAAGCUAAGAUUGCAGAACUCAACGGCCAGUUUCUUGGCCCGUACGGUGAGGGUGACGAUGGCCGUGGGACGAUGGACGAGGACUUUUUGUCCUGGAAAGACGCCAUGUUUGCGUCCUUAAAGGACCAGUUGGACGUUGAAGAACAUGCGAUGCAGUACCAGCCGGCAUUAGAGGUUGUUGAGCUUGAUGCUGCCGACCCUUCCACCGUUUUCUUGGGCGAGCCAUCCAGAAAGUACCUCGACCCAUCCCAGGAUUUGUCGCUCGGGCCGUUCAACCACUCGCACCCGUACCUCGCGCCAAUCGCCUCAACCUACGAACUCUUUUCGCUGGCUUCCAGAAGCUGCAUCCAUGCGGAGUUUGACUUAUCAGACUCCAAUCUCCGCUAUUCCACCGGAGACCAUCUUGCGAUCUGGCCGUCUAAUUCAGAUGCGCACGUGUCCAAGUUCCUCGCCAUUUUUGGGUGGGAGGACAAACGUAAUCAGGUCAUCGAUAUUAGGUUAUUGGAUCAGACAGCUUCUGUACCGUUCCCAACCCCAACUACGUACGAAACUGUCGUCCGCCACUACUUGGGCAUCACCGGACCGCUUUCCCGGCAGUCUUUGAGUGCAAUCGCCGCGUUUGCGCCUACCGAUGCCUCCAAGCUGUUGGCUAUGGCCUUGGGAGGUAACAAGGAUGCCUUCAAGGAAAAGAUCCACGAUAGGUAUAUGGACAUCGCCGACGCUUUGGCUUACAUCUCUGGCGGCGCGACAUGGGAAGUGCCGUUCUCGUUUGUGAUUGAAACCACGCACUCCUUACAGCCCCGCUAUUACUCCAUCUCGUCGUCAUCCUUGUCUGAGAAGCGCUCCAUUCACGUGACUGCUGUCGUGGAGGCAGAUACCCCCGCCGGCAGUGAUCAUCUUGUGACAGGGGUCACGACCAACUUGUUGCGCCACAUCCAGCUCACCCAAAACCAGUCGUCGCAGGACCCACACCAGCGUUACAAUUUGUCCGGCCCGCGCGGCAAACUUGCGCGGUUCAAGCUCCCGGUGCAUGUUAGACGCAGUACCUUCAAGUUACCGACAAACCCGGCGUCCCCAGUCAUCAUGAUCGGUCCCGGCUCCGGGGUUGCGCCGUUCAGAGGCUUUGUGCGUGACAAGGUACACCGAAAGACGCAGAACCCGAAUGAAAAACAGGGCAAAAUAAUGUUGUUCUACGGGUGUCGUUCUGCCGAAGAGGACUUUUUGUACAAAGAGGAAUGGCCACAGUACGCAUCCAAACUCGGGGAGAGCUUUGAAAUGAUCACCGCGUUUUCGAGGGAGACCACCAGGAAAGUGUAUGUUCAACACAGGAUCAUGGAGCGCGCUGAGGAGAUUGCUGACUUGUUGGGAAAAGGUGCGUUCAUUUACGUGUGUGGUGAUGCCUCGCGCAUGGCCAGAGAUGUGCAUGAUGCCUUGGCUGAGGUACUUGUGGCGUCGAAGAAGAUGACGAGAGAAAUGGCUGUAGAUAUGUUGCGGAAUUUUAAGAUCCAGAACAGAUAUCAAGAGGAUAUCUGGUAG